GUUUCCAUGUCUCCCGGGAUAUGUGACCGGUGCGCGCGUCGGAGAGGGGGGCGUGGCCGCGGCCAUGUGGCUCCGCUGUCACACGAGUGAUGUUUUGAAAAGCAGAGGGAGAAAAGUGUGAAGCCAAUCAUGCGGCGAGAGGGAAGCGACGCGCCGCGUGAGAUCACAGAGCAGCGCGGCCCCCGAUCUGUGGCCCCGGAAGCUCCUGAUGGAGUGAUGGAGUGGAGAUACAUUUGUUGAAUGGUGUGUGUGGGGGAGGGGGUAGUUUCUACUAGUGUAGACACCCAGACGUUACUAUCGGUGGAGAGUACAUUUACUCGAGUACUGCACAAUGUUGAGCCUCUCCUCACAUCUUCAUCCUGAGCUCAGCCGAUGAAGAUGGAGUCCGUGGAGGUUCAGCAGGCGGUGGAGAUUGCUGUGACGGAGGCUGAGACCCAGCACAUCACCCAGGCGCAGAUCGCGACUCUGGCGCAGGUAACGGGAGACGCGGACGCCGUCUGGGGAUUGGUAACCAUGACAACGGGGAACACCUCGGCCACGGGUCCCACGGUGACGCUGGUCCAGCUUCCCAACGGACAGACGGUUCAGGUCCACGGCGUGAUCCAGGUGGCACAACCGUCUGUUAUCCAGUCCCCGCAGAUCCAGACUAUGCAGAUCUCCGCCAUCGCAGAGAGUGAGGAUUCACAGGAGUCCGUCGACAGUGUCACCGACUGUCAGAAACGCAGAGAGAUUCUGUCGCGGCGCCCCUCAUACAGGAAAAUCCUGAACGACCUUUCAUCCGACGCACCGGCCGUCCCUCGCAUCGAGGAGGAGGAGGACGCCGUCGCCGCCACGCAUUCCAUCACCACCGUCACCAUGCCAACGCCCAUCUACCAGACCAGCAGCGGCCAAUACAUUGCCAUCACACAGGGAGGAGCCAUCCAGCUGGCCAACAACUGCACAGACGGCGUGCAGGGCAUCCAGACCCUCACCAUGAGCAACGCCGCGGCGGGCGCCCAGCCCGGGACCACCAUCCUCCAGUACGCGCAGACCAGCGACGGCCAGCAGAUCCUCGUUCCAAGCAACCAGGUGGUGGUCCAAGCCGCCUCCGGUGACGUCCAGGCCUACCAGAUCCGAGCGGCCCCCGCCAGCACCAUCGCCCCGGGGUUGGUCAUGGCCUCAUCCCCCGCCCUGCCCGUCCAGGGCGCCACAGAGCAGGUCACCCGCAAACGGGAAACCCGCCUCAUGAAGAACAGAGAGGCAGCGCGCGAGUGCCGCAGAAAGAAGAAGGAGUACGUGAAGUGUCUGGAGAACCGAGUGGCCGUCCUGGAGAACCAGAACAAGACCCUGAUUGAAGAACUGAAAGCCCUCAAAGACCUUUACUGCCAUAAAUCCGAGUAGUCGGCGAGCCCCGGAGCGCCGGUCCGGGCCGAGUGGCGUUUUCGCUCCUCUUCAAAGACUGCCCGGCCUUCCACUUUGCACACGGCUGGCUCGAUCCAGUCCCACUUCGACUACCUUCUCCUCCGCAGACGUUCGACGACGAUCCAUCUCAAAGUCACACGCACGCUUUUUCCGAUAUCGACACACCGGAAAAGGAACGCCGCGCUCUUCCCCCCGGCCGCCGGAGAGAGACUCCGCCGGAUGAGUCCAACGGGGUCAAGUACCAUCCUUAAAAAUCGCUUUCUGUCGUCCUAUGCCAGUCGCUUUCUUGCUCUUAUUUAACGGCCUCCGUGGACCGUAUGAAAGCAAUAACCCCUGACAAAUCGCCCGUGGAGCAUCGCCCGUGUUGCCGUGGUUACCCCGCAGCGCCCGAUGCACUUCAGCCGUCCCGACACGAUAGAUUUACGAAUGAGUCUUUUCACCGCUCGAGACCCAGCUUGUAAAAACAACAACAACACAGAUUAUGAAAACCAUUGUGCACGAUGAAAGUGUAGGUUUCAGGAUGUCGUAAUUAUGACUCAAUCGAAUCCACGUCGACUCUUCAUGGCAACACGGCCCCCGUGUAGCGGGCUGCACAAUGAAUUGGACACUAACAAGAAUAAACUAGAACGGGCACUCGGUAGAGUGCAUACCUUCGCAUAUCACAAGAUUGGGCAUUGGAUUAUGAACAUUUUGGCAUUAGUUGCAUGCCAAUUCGAUACAAAUUGACGGUAAAAAUAAGAUUUUGACCUUUUCAUGACCUUGACGUUUGACCCGAUUGAUCCCAAAAUCGAAUCAAAUGGUCCCCGGAUAAUAACCAAUCAUCCCACCAAAUUUCAUGCGAUUCGGUUAAAUACUUUUUGACUUAUGCGAAUAACACGCAUACAAAUAAAUACACGGCGAUCAAAACAUUACCUUCCGCAUUUUCAAUGCGAAGGUAAAAAUGACGCUUUUACAACUUGGGGUUCCACGUGGAUAGUUUUAGGAGCGUUAAACUCGCUGGCUGCAGGGAGGCAGCGCGGCGACUCACUAAUCUGAACGUCCAAGUUAUUACGCAACCCGGAUGCUUCGACUGACGGCACUCACAUCGGUUUUGCGCAAAGCGCAAUUUUAACGAUGAAUAUAACGCGUGUACGAAUACAGACCCACGGCGAUAUGACGAGACUCGUAAAAAAAAUGGAGCGUCCAAAAAGAUAAUAAUAACCAGGUCAACGCCGGAGCCCUGAAUGUUCGGUAACUACGGUGAGCGGCGGUACGACGUGGAUCGCGGCGUGCGUUAUCUUUUUUUUAACGUGACGCAGAUUCUCUGCGACGUCUACGGGAGGUUUCGGCUACGAAUCGGUUCACGCCGACGAUCCGUGUCGUGUUUCGUAGGGCCGUGUGCGCGUGGGUUUUUAUUCCCCCCCCCGAGAAGAUCCGUGUAGGUUUUUGUCCGUUUUUAUUUUUUUAUAUAACUACAUAGACUGUGUAGACCUCGUGUAUUUUCGUUUAUUCGGUAUGGAGCAUGUUCUUACGGCUUGUAUACGGACCCGACUUUUGCGUGUUCGUUAACAUGCACCGAUGUAUCGUGGAAGACGAUGUAAUCAUGUGACCCACCGGGCCGACCACCGUCGCGGCGGCUACGCGUGAGAGAAAAGGCGUUUGCUGCGGCCGCGAGGAGAGAGCGGGGUCCAACGACAUCGCCGGGGAGUUUGAAAGCUGCGCAGGACAUCCGGUGGUUUCAGACUCGUCCACACACGCAUGUUUUGAACUGGAAAUGUGCUUUUUAAUCUCCGCAAGACCGACUCCAUUGAGAACUGUGUUUUUGUUUUAAUAUCUACCAGUUCAAAAAAUGAAAGCACAACUCCUGCUGUUUAUUUUUAAAAGACACUCUGCAUUUCUUUUACUGUAAAGUUCCACUCGGUUUUCAUUCACAACACAAGGUAUAAGUUGGGAGGAGGGAGGGUGGGGUGGGGGGGGCAACGGGCUCCUUAGUUUUGUUUCUUUUACAUAACAAAGAUCAUCAGUUGGCAGAAGCUCUCUGUCAGUUUUAUUUUUCUAGUUCACAACAUGUUGAUAUUGUACAGUAUAUGUAUUUGUUGUGGUUGGAGGACUCAAAGGUUUGAAUCAGCUGAAGAAACCACAGCAGCCCCGUCGGGAGGAUUUUAACGACGCGUCACGAGACUCGGCACCGUGCCGUUACGAGACCCCCGGUGCCAGAAGACUUUUGUACGUGUUUUCUGGCACGACUAAAAAUAAGAAUUUCCACCUAUUGCAAUUCACACAUCUAGUGCUGGUGCUGAAAACAACAGUCAUAAUCAUAUUUGUAUUUGUUGUUUUUGAUUACACUUUUCCUUUCCAACUAAACCAAAAGUGUUUUCAUGUCUGCCAGAACGGUUUCUACCCACGGGCCUCACUUGUGCAUGAAACUGAUUGAUAUCCAUGUGUGUAAAAGUAUAUAUAUAUAUAUAUACAGAGACUUUUUAGAACAGUGAUAAUGUUUUUUCUAACUUUUAAUGUCAUCAGUUUCUAUAUUGCCACUUUUACAAGUUAUAAAAUUUAAAAAAACGCCAUGUAUUGUAUAGUAUCUUGUAGACGAGGUCACCAGAUGAUGCGUCGUGUAGAGUUCGUUUCAACGUUGUCGCAGUAUAAAACUAUACCAGCCCGUUAAUGGAAAGUGCUGUUACUCUGACAUUACAUCCCUCUUUUGUAAACACUUGCUACGUCGCAAUAAACUUCUCUUGAAGAUUGCUAUGUAUUGUGAAUUAAUUAAACAAUCACGAAAAACAUU